CAACCCGGAAUAACAGGCCCACAAUACGUAGGUUGUUCAGUGACACCGACAACCAACUGAAUGCAACAACGUGUCAUGGCCCAAUGAAGACGGGGGCUCUUUCGUUCCGUGAUUUCACAAUCACGACAGUCGAUCUGGAAAUUUCCCCUUUGGUUUACUUAAGCUGGGAGGUAUUUUUCACUUGUCACAUCCUGGUUGAUAUUGCCUGAUUAGUCAUGCGUGACGUCUUGCAACUGCACAGCCAAGACUAAGGACGAGUUUAAACGUCGUAAAUCUAACACCAUGGACGACACGAGAAUUGAAGGGUCUUCGUCCCUCAGCCGACAUGAUUCCUUCAGUCGGGGAUUCCUGGAAUGUGGCAUCUGCUUCGACCAGUUCAAGGAACCCAAGUUCCUCCCCUGCGUCCACACCUUCUGCAGAGGAUGCCUGUCCGGCUACAUCCAAAGCGUCUGCUCGAGAUCCAACCCUCGCUUCAAUUGCCCAACAUGUCGGGAAAACAUCGAAAUUCCAAAUCCAAGUGUUUCAAUUGAUAAGUGGGCCAGUCACUUCAAAGACAACUUUCUGAUCAAGAACCUUCUGGGCAUGGUGUCCAGUGGAACAGACUCUAUACCCACCGUGCAGGGGCGGCUCUGUUACAAGCACCCAGGCAAGUCUUUGGACUUUCUGUGCGUUGACUGUGAUGUGAUGAUCUGCUCGUCCUGUGCUCCAACUCUCCACAGGACGUGCCUGCAAGUCAUCACACUGGAGGAGGCUGUGGCUGAGAAGAGGGCCAGGAUCAGGAUGUUUCAUCACUCCUUCUGUUCCCACCUUGACAGGUCUGCAGCCAGGAAGCUGGAGCAGGCGAGGGAACAUGACAAGCUGGAGCAUCAGUACUGUACAGAGAAGAGAAAGAUCGUUCAACAUGUGGCAGAGGUCGUGCAGAAGAUCAAAGGAGAAGAAGCCAAAAUCUUGGAGGAGCUGGACCAUGCUUACAGCAGGUUUGACAGCGAGCUGAAUGAAGAACUGCGUAACCACAACAGUCAAACUCAAUUUCUCACUCGUCUGAAAGAUGCAUCUCAUGACCUGAUCCACGGUGGUGACCUCCAUCGCGUUAUUGACCAGUACAACACAAUGGAACAGUACUGCAUUAAAUUCUCAUCAUACAAGGAGAAGUCCUCUUGUGAUAUACAGAUGCGGAACCUGAGCUACCAGGCGAAACACUGGAACGUGCCGCCAUUAGGAAGCCUCAGUAGCCAGUCGCGUACCAGACAGUUGAUGCUUUUGCCGAUCUCCACACCACCACCGCUCCCCCCAACGGCACCUGCUUCCCCUGCCACGCCCACGUCUCCCCAGACACCAGUUCAGGUCGGAAACAUCUCUCCUUUCGAACCCCUUGUUACCGAAAGGCGGGACUUGAAGCUGGAAAGAAUCAUCUCUGCUAAAGUAAAGGGGGAUAAGAAUCAACCAAGCUUACGUGAUGCUGUGUCUGUAGCCGGUGGAGUUUUGGUUGUCACUGACGGGGAGAAUUUCUGCGUCAAGUCCUUUUACACGCAUGGUACCAAGGACAUGCAGAGCAAGCUGACCAUGGAGAAGAAGCCGCACGGUAUCUGUAAUUAUGUUGGGAACAUGGUGGCAGUCACUGUCCCUGCAGCCAAGCAUGUUGCUAUCAUGUCCGUCUCACCGACCCUGAUACUACAGACGACCCUCAAGACCGAGCUGAAAUAUUGGGGAAUCACAGCUGUGGGCACAGAUGCCUUCGCCGUCAGCACCUGCCCUGGGACAGGGGCGGUCCUCAUCCACAUCAUGGACUUAGAGGGUAAUAUUCUCAAGUGUAUUCACAACGGCACAGCUCUGUUCGCCAACCCCUUGUACAUGUGCACUGUUGCCAAUGGAGACCUCAUGGUGUCUGACUGUACGGUGUCCAAGGUAGCCUGUCUGCGGUUGAGUGGCCACGUGAUACACAUGUGCGAGCUUGGGUUUGGUAAGUACAUUAAGAAACCCAUGGGCAUGGCCGAUGAUGGCAAAGGUUACAUCUUUGUGGUGGAUAGCAAGCCGGCCCUAGCGCUUGUGGACUAUGCGGGAAGUAUACGGUACAUGUUGCACAAGACGGAAGGAAUGAAGGAUCCGAAAUGCGUGGCGAUCGGAUCCAAAGGAACUGUGUAUGUUUGUAAUGAGAAUGGGAAAGUGGGUGUGUUCACAGUUCAGUGAAUAGGUUUGUUACCAGUUUCAACGUUACGAAUGGAUAUGUUUGACAAUGCGGACUCUUUAAACCACCGGGGGGUAAACUCGCCGAUUGGCAGUUCUAGCACGGAAGUCAUCGAUCGAUACCCAGACCGUGGCUAACUUUAAUACACAUAGACAGGUCUGUGUCACACUAGACAGCGUCUAGACCGUGGCUAACUGUAAUACACAUACACAGGUCUGUUUCACACGAGACAGUGUCUGGGCCAUAUCUACCUUUAAUACACACAGACAGGUCUGUGUCACGCGAGACAGCGUCUAGACCAUGUCUACCUUUAAUACACAUAGACAGGUCUGUGUCAUCCUAGAGAGCGUCUAGACCGUGGCUAACUCUAAUACACAUACACAGGUCUGUGUCACACGAGACAGCGUCUAGACCUUGUCUACCUUUAAUAUACGUGUAGAAUAUGUGCCAUUUUAUUUGGGGAACUUUACAUGUGGGACAGAGCCCAGUGGAAUGGCGAAAGUCUAAUUUCGUGAUGCCUACAUAUAGCCAGUUUAGAGCGGAUUGUAUUUUACGGGAGGUACUAGAAAUAUUUACUUUAUUGAUUUGUUUAUUUAUUGUUUUGUAUGUCCAUGUGGCGGGGAAGGUGUGCAGCUGUUUGAAGUUUUCUUCAAUGCGGAAUCUUUAAACCACCGGGGGGGUUAACUCAUCUCUAGCACGGAAGUCAUCGAUCGAUACCCAAAGGCAACAAGACUUUAAGUAACACGGGAACACAAUACACUGUGAUGGAAUUCACUUUCUGCCCAUGACCGCCUCCGUGGUCUAGUGGUAGAGCGUCCGCCCGGAGAGCAGAAGGUCCGGGGUUCGAUCCCCGGCCGCGUCAUACCAAAAGACGUUAAAAGAUGGUACUUGUUGUUACCCUGUCUGGCGCUCGGCAUUAAGGGGCUAAAACAAGGACUUGUCGGCUCGGAGUCAGUAUACCUCAAUUUCACCUCACCUCACCUUUCUGCCCACGCAGCCAGAUGUGACUAGUGUAGGAAAACUAAGUGAACUUAAAAACAGCACGAUAAUUUAUGCUAAAAAGUUUUAUGAAAUGGUGUAUUUAUACGAUAGCCAAGGAAAGAAGAAUUGGGUUACUAAUAUAAGAACGACGUUAUUUUCACUCGGAUUCGGCCAUGUUUGGUUAUCACAAUCACCCGGUAACGUACAGGUAUUUACUUCGAUGUUAUUUCAACGUUAUGAAGAUACUUUUCAACAAAUAUGACAUAGAAGAUAAUGUAAUAGCUCCAAAUUGUCCUUCUAUUCUCAUUUUAAAUUAACGUUGAAGUGUAAAGAAUAUUUGUAUUGUGUACCCGGGAGUAAAUUCCGGUCAUGUAUGUCAAGGUUCAGAUGCUGUGCACACUGGCUGGAAACAGAAACUGGUAGAAAACUUAAUAUCCCUCGUGAAGAAAGAUUUUGCAAACUAUGUCAAGUUGGCCAAAUAGAAGACGAGUUACAUUUCCUGCUAGUGUGCCCUGCAUAUACUCACCUACGCAAUCUCUAUAUUCCUUCAAAAUAAGUUAAAAAUUCUUUUAUCUACAACCAACACAAAGCUGAUUAUUGAUAUCGCUAAAUAUCUGUAUCACAGUAAAGAAGAGAGAACACGUAUUUUAUCAUUGUGACUGUUGCCAUAAAUAUGCCAUACAUUUUGUACAAAGGGCCUGUGGCCUGUACUGCACUGAAUAAAGAAUUCAAGAUA